AUGAUUCCACACGAUUUCAUACUUCUCAUCGGUUUAAUGAGAUUGGAAAUUGAGAGCCCAAUCUUGAUACAUAGUAAUUUGAUUGGCAACAACGUCGAUAAGCUGCGGUGGGUAUUACAACGUGACGUGGAAUGCCACGGUCGUAUCGUGAGCUCUGUGGUGCGGCUGUGCGGUGGAGCUGACGUCGCUCGCGCAUUGGAGAGACGCUGGCAUCUGCUGUACUUGAGGGCCAUCGAGUGGCAGUGCCACUUGGAGGCCUGUCUCGCUAAGACUGAUAAUCAGAAGUACGAACCAGUAGAAGCUUUAAGUGACAGCGACGACGAACCAGCUUUGAAGCAGCCGCGCCUAAGCAGACGUGGCUCGCCGAAAAGACAACGUACUCCAAUUAAUUCACGAAAGCGAGAUUACUCAGAAGAUAGCAGGCAGUCUGCCUCCGAGGAGGAACUAGAAUAUGCUGUAGGCGAUAAGUGGCGUAACUUCGGAUCAGAUUGCGAAUCGGAAUCAAUGCGAGACAAAAUGGCUGACGAGCGCAGAGUCCCAAGUGUGGAUGGAGUAGACAACAAAAUGACUGACCAAACUGUACCUGUCACUGAUGAAAUUGAUGGGAACACUGCAUUGCCUAGAGAAAUCAAAACCCCGCCGACUGUAAUCAAAAGAAAGAAACCAAUAGACACCUCGCGAUUUAAUCAAUCCGAUCGAAAAUCCAAAAAUUGUGCCACAUUUUACUUCAGACACCACGAUACGGAUUCCGAUAGACAAGUGAUUGAAACGGAUGAGAAAUCGCAGGAUGAGUCCUCGGAAGAAGAAUGGACGUAUACCAACGGUGCAAAGAUAGCAAAUGAAGACUCAACAGAUAUUAUGACAUCAUCAGUUGAAAUACAAUGUGAACUGCCUGUGGAAGAGAAGAAACCAAAAGCGAAACUGGUAUCUAGUACGCCGGAUCUAUUAAGAGUUGAUCAGAAUUCUAGGUGUAAUAAAGAUAUAGAAAGACUUGUGAUUCAGGCUGAUGAGUUGGUGCAGAAGCAGGCGCAAAUGGCAAAGAAGAUGGGUUCCAGGAGUUUUAAGCCGUUGUUGUUGGAUGAAGAAGGAAAGUCGGUCAGUAGGGCGAAAAUGUCGAGGAUCAAGGAGUGGUUGAAUCAGAGUCCCGAUGGAAAAGAUGAAAGCCAUCAAAAUGGUGAAAACUACGACGCAUCCGGUGAAUAUACGACCGAGAGUGAAGUAGAUACAUCCCUUACUUCGGAGGAGCGGAAUCUGCAUUCGUCUAUGGACAUGAGCACCUCCACCUGUACUGUGACACCUACACAUCAUGCUAAGGUGCAACUCCGCAAGAAGCGGGGUGGCAACAGCGCCCGGCCGUGGUCCGUGUCUUGCCUCUCGCAGCUAAGUGGCGUUGCCGCGUCGCUAGUCACGCCUACUAAUGACGGCAUUCAUAACAUGUCCAUAUCCGAGUCUGCUCUCAAUACACUGGCUUCACCGCAAAGAGUCACCUCGGCUAACUCAAGCUCGAAGUUACGCGGAAGUUCGACAACUGUACAGGGUCACAUUUCAAGUACAAACACAAUGACUGAAGCGUGCACGUCGUGCGUCGAGGCGAACGACAAGCAAUGUUGGCUUCGCAGAAAGCGACUAAAACUUAGAAGACAUAACAACACUCUAAGGAGGGAGAGAUUGGUUAAGUCACUCUCUUUCUGUGGUCGAUUAAGUCCGGAGUUGGAGAAGAAUGAAAGGAGUGCUGCAAGUGACCCAGCUACUAGUAGGAAGAGUAGGUUUGACACAACAUCCACCUCUGGCAAUGACAGUGACGAAGAACUGCUCAAACAACAAGUGGCUGUCAUCGCCAAUUUAAGAAAAAGCAUCGAAAAAACCCACAUUUCCUCAAAGGACGAUAGUGCCAUUCCUGAACAAAAUGAAUUAGAACAAGUUACACCAAGCUUUAAACUUGGGCCAGAGGGAGGUAUAGUUAGACCAAGAUUAACGAAAAGUAUGGAAAGAGAAAGAUCGUUUUUGGCACUAAGCUUAGGUGAUCCGAGCCAAAUGUGGGACCUCUGCGUUGACAAGGACUCAGACAAGAGUGUCACAGCUGGCACGGAAGAGCAUAGUUCGUUUUCAGAACAGGCGUGGGACUUCUAUCAGGAAAAAUACAACUCCGAGCCAUAUUCAGAAGCGCCCGACUCCGAUGCUGCCCGGCGUCUACUGGAAUUCGGUGAUGACUACAGAGCAUUUUUAGAUUCACAAUCAGACUGUUGCUCGAGCCUCUCGGCACAACCAGAAAACGACCAGAGCCCAAGUGGAACACGCAGACGGCGACCACCAUCUGACAUAUCCAGAGAAAGAAGCCUUCCGAGACAUAAAAAACCGUCCAGAACAUCACCAGUAGAAACCCCUGUCCGAAAACCCAAAAAGUCUAUGUCCAGCGCCGAACGCAAGAAAAACCUAUUGGACAGCCUCGAAAGAUCUAGAAAUAACACUAGCAUUGAAAGUAAUGACGGCGUACGCAGACGCAAACCCUCCGAAAGUGAGCGCAGAAACAACAAACGCUCACCCGAAUUCGAUUUACUAAACGUCCAAGCUUUAAGUCGCAGACGUCACAGCUCAAACCUAACCAGUGACGAAGUGAACAGUUCCUUAGAGUACACCGAAGUCAACAACCGUCCAGAUAUUUUAGACUCGUUAAACAGAAGACGCAAGGAAAACGGUGAAGCCGAAUUACAAAAGGUUGCACUGUCUGAGUUGCGUCGUAGAUCUAAUGAGAGUGGCGAUUCUGAAGAAUCAUCUUCGCCGAAACACAGCAGGAGAAACUGGGGUGAUUCAGACUCAGAAUCAGAAGAAGUGAGGUCGCUAGUUCGUCGGUCGAGCACGCAAUUAGAGGUCACAGAGGCGUUACUGGCGCGGCAGGACUCUCCGGACCUCCUUCGCGCUUUCGACUAUACGGAGGUCGUAACGCGUUGCCGUGAGAACAUCACACUCUUGGAGGUGGCUUUAGCAGACAGCUCGUUAUCGCCUGGUUUGCAACGGGAUGCGAGAGCGGUAUCUGCGCGAUGGUCGGCGCUCCGAGCGGCUGCAAUACGUCGCGGCGGCGCACGCCGAUUGCGCCGCGAGAUUGCAGCACUGCGCGAGACACUUGACGAGGUCUGUGAGCCUGGAGAUUGCGCUCCCCAGCCGCACACCAGAGCUCAGUUACACAGACGGAUUGAAGAACUCAAGGAACGUCUGUCACGUCUGCUUGAAUGCAAGGUCUCAAUGCUGAAACUGACGGUUUCCGUUCGACGUGCACUUGGCGAAUUGGAAACUGAUGAAUGCGGCCUUACUACAGACUUGACAGCUUUAUUAGCCGCUUGGGACGACGCACACCAACGCACAUCAAGUGAAUUACUUUCGCUAGAAAAAGCGGUGAGUGCUUGGGCAGAUUGGGAGAAUGCGCUUCGUGAAUUGCAAGGAGCAUUGCGUGGUGACUUGACUACGCUGCAGAAUUUACGCGAUAAAGGAUCUAAGAUUGAAGAUCAAAGCGAAGUGGCCGCUCAAAUCAAACAGCUGGCUGCUUCCUUGAUUGACAAGAAGAAGGGUGGUUCCACAUGCGACUCGCUCUCAGAUUCCGGAAUAUCGGAUGGUGAUAGUGAAAAUGCAGGCGGACGUGCUCGCCGAUUAAGCGCUCUACGUGAGUUGGCCAAGCGCUUGCAGGCGGCUCUAGCACCGAACUCGCCUGCUCAUCGAGCUAUUACUAAGCGUAUGGAACAGACAGAGAACGAAGUGAAAAUUUUGCAAGAAUCCUGUCGCGCUUUAGUGGAACAAAGCAUUCCCGAUCUUAAAAUCGAAGAUGAUACUGAUCAAGCCGUCAUUGUAACCAGCAAGACUGGCUCUGGCGAUCCAGACUAUAAUCCUCGCGGCGGAUGGGUGUGGCGUGUACUACGUUCAUCUAUUCCCAUUCAACUAUGCCUUGUGGCUUUACUUCUAGCCGCGUGGCUCGUAGAACGGCCAAGAUGUUGUGACGCACUGAAUUCAUUAGCGCAAACAUUGACGCCGCAACUGCGUUAUGUUCGUGGACCUCCACCAGUGUGA